AACAGACGGCCGGAUGGAAAUCGCUCAAUAAUUCGACAAUUAAAACGCUAGAAAUUUGUGUUUUUUUUGUGAUAUCAAUGCCGGACGAGGCAAGCUGAUAGAGACGUCGGAGCGGAGUAAUGCAGUUGCGGUGGAUUCCUCCGAUGAACGGGUAUCUGAAAGCCGUGCCAGGUGAAAAGUACAUUGCAACGCUGGACAUUGGCACCACGACGAUAAGAUGCUUUAUCUACGCCGUGAAUCGCGAUAUCGGCAAGCUGGACGUCGUUGGGACCGCGUACGAGCAUGUCGUACUGGUUUAUCCGGCGCCCGGACAGGUGGAGAUCGUGCCCGGCAAGCUUUGGGACAGCGUCAUCGCGACGAUACGGAAUGCGAUUAAAGACGCCAACCUGACCGCGGCCCAGCUCACCUGCCUCAGCAUAUCGACGCAGCGGAACACGUUCGUGUGCUGGAACCGGCUGACCGGAAAUGUGUACCACAACUUUAUCACGUGGAAGGACCUGCGCGCGGACGAACUCGUCCGCAGCUGGAACAACAGUUUGAAGCUGCGGGCGCUCAAAUUUGGCGCCACCGUGCUGCAUUUCUUCACCCGAAGCAAGCGUUUCCUGGCCGGAAGUGUGCUCAAGAUGAUGAACCCGCAGGUGACGCUCCGGUUGGCGUGGGUGCUCGAAAACAACGUGGAUCUUCAGCGGGACGUGAAGGAGGGAACGGUGCUGUACGGGACGAUCGAUUCGUGGUUGUUGUACAGGUUGCGUCAGGGGUUGGACCAAACGCGGACGGUGGAACACAUCAGCGAUGUGACCAACUGCACGGCUUCCGGAUUCUACGACCCCUUUGGACAGGAAUGGGCCGCGUGGGCGCUGAAGUUGUUCAACAUUCGGAAGGAGAUGCUUCCCAAGGUUGUGGACAACUCGUUCGACUUUGGCUAUGUUGAUCAAUCGCUCUUUGGUAGUCCAAUAAAAAUUGGAGCUUCGAUUUCAGACCAAUCGGCAUCACUGUGGGGCACGUGCUGCCUCGAGAAGGGUGAGGUUAAAAUCACGAUGGGCACAGGAUCAUUCCUCAACAUCAACACCGGAGUAACCUGCUUGGCAUCGGUGCAUGGUCUCUACCCUCUGGUCGGGUACCGACUCAAGACUCGUAACAGUAGCUCCGAGUUGGUUUAUUUGAUGGAAGGAGCGUCCAACGAUAAUGGUUCCAUUAUUGAGUGGGCCAUGAGCAUCGGAUUGUUCACGGAUCCUCGGGAAACUUCACAGAUGGCACUGUCGGUCCCAGACUCGGACGGUGUCUCGUUCAUUCCAGCUUUCAGCGGGUUGGGGCCCCCAAUCCGUGACGACACUGCCGGAACCGGUUUCAUCGGGAUCAAAGCGUCCACAAGAAAGGAACAUCUCGUCCGAGCGCUUCUCGAAAGUUUGGCCUACCGAAUCGCACUUCUCUACGUGUGUGCCCUCAAAGAAACCAACUACACCUUCAAGGUCAUCAAGGUCGACGGCGGCGUCUCGCGGAACGAUUUCAUCUGUCAAACGCUGGCCGACCUCACGGGACUUCCGGUGGAAAGGGGCGAGAUCACGGACUCCAGCGCGCUCGGGGCAAUGUUCCUGGCCGGGCUGAACGUCGGGAUUUGGCUCAACAAACAGGAGCUGGUGGACAUUCGGAAGAUCGAGCGAGUCUUCCAACCCAACUCCGCCAAUACUGCCAGAUGCCUGAAGAGCAUGCGCUCGUGGGAACGCGCCGUUGACCGGUUCAAGCUGUGGUACGACGCGGACGACCAACCGAACUGACUCAAACGUGUUGUGAUAAAUUUAUUGAAGCUUGUUUUUGCAAUAAAUGAAAAGUUUGCUACCUUUUUACUUGA